AUGGGGAUGAACAGCCACGCGCGCCGUGCUGUUGUUGCUGCAGCCGGCAGUGGCAGCUGGCAGGAGCCCAGCAGCCAGGCAAGGGCAGAAGAGGCGGCGGUGGAGGAGGAGGAGGAGGAGCUGGAUCCUGCUGCGUUGCACAACGACAUGCGAGUAGAGCAUACCACCGGCACCGUGGACCUGGAGACGCUGCUGAACCGUGCAGAGAAGAAGCGGAUCAACCUGAAGCCCCGCUACCAGCGAGGAUACAUCUGGGGCAAGCAGAAGGCGUAUCGGCUGAUAGAGAGCGUCAUGGGUGGCCUGUUUGUGCCGGCGGUAGUGACGCACGCCAAGGUGGAGGAUUUUGUGGAUGGCAAGCAGCGGCUCACCACCCUGUUGGCCUUCAGGAAGGGCGUGUUUCCUGACGGCUCAGAGUUCAGGCUUCAGGACCUCACGAAGCUCACUGAGCUCAACGGCAAGAGCUAUUGUGACCUGCCUGAGGACCGCCUCUCCCCAACAUCCCCAAGCCGCUACGACUUUGACUCCCGCAUGCUGCCCUGCACUAAGCUCCUGCCCUCUACCACCGAGGAGGCGGUGCUGCGCGUGUAUGAAGACUUGAAUGCGGGUGCCGAGCAGUUGAACAAACAGCAGAUCCGGCGCGCCGUGUUUGGCGGCCCGUACAUCGACCUGUUGGAGAGCCUGGCGCAGCACGAGACCUUCCUGGCCAUCCGCGCCGCCAAGCACGCUGCCAAGGACGAGAGCGACCAGGAGCUCAUCCUGCGCUUCUUCGCGCUGCGCCGCAGGACGCGCACGGUGGUGGGAUUCAAGGGCGCCAUGCAUACUUGCCUCAACAAUGAGAUUAGCCAGCACCGCCAGCUGGAUGCGCAGGGGGAAAUGGAGCAGGAGGCUGAGCUGCGCUCUCUCUUCAGCUGCACCAUCAAUCUGGUGUGGACCAUCUACGGCGACAAGGCCUUCCGCCGCUGGACGAGCAAGGGCUUUGAGAAAGACAUUAACACAAGCAUUUUACGAUCCUGUCAUGCUGACCUGCGCAGAGCUCAAGUGCAUGUAGCAGCCGAUGCCCUGCGCGACGAUGUUGAGGGCCUGUGCAAGACAGCAGAAUUUCUCAACAAUCGCUUCUCUGCUGAACGCCUCGAAGCGCGUCUGCGCGUGUACAAGGAGCGUCUGAUUGCGGUGGUGGCAGCCGCGGUGGAGGAGCGCAAGGCGAUGAAGGCGCGCACUGUGAGAGUCUUCCCUAAGGGGCUGCGGAAGAAGCUGUACACGCAGGGACAGCAGAGUCUCUAA